CAGAUGAACCUUCCCAGUUCCCAGUACUACCCCUUCGGCCAUUCUUUAUCGCUCACUUUUAGGAAUUGAAAUUCCAAUUUGAUUUCAACUCCACCUCUCCUUUUCUCUCUACCUCUCCUGUCAUUGUUAUUGUACUAAGCAAAGCCAAAUCCAUACUUUAUUCCCUUCACCUGAACUCAAUCAAAUCCCAGGGGAUAUCAUGACACUUGUCUAUAAUGCGGCUGUGCCGUUAUCCAUGCGUACCGAGACAGGCCGGUGUGAAGCUGUAUGGAAGGAGAGCUGUAGCAAUUUCUCUUUAGCGUCAAGGAAUUCUGUUAAGAAAACAAGCUUUUUGUGCUCAGACAUCGUGAAAAGUGAACGUUCUCGUAGGCUUUGUACCAUUUUUGCUGCAAGUCCUCCUAUAGACGAUCCAGUGGUUGCUGCAGAGCCUCUCACUAAAGAGGACCUUGUGGGAUAUCUUAUGUCUGGAUGCAAACCUAAAGAGAACUGGAGAAUAGGCACAGAACAUGAGAAGUUUGGCUUUGAAAUUGGCACAUUACGCCCUAUGAAAUAUGAACAGAUAUCUGAGUUGCUCAAUGGUAUUGCUGAGAGAUUUGACUGGGAUAAAGAAAUGGAGGGUGACUAUAUAAUUGGACUUAAGCAGGGGAAGCAAAGCAUAUCACUAGAACCUGGUGGUCAAUUUGAACUUAGUGGUGCUCCUCUAGAAACAUUACAUCAGACUUGUGCUGAAGUCAAUUCGCAUCUAUACCAGGUCAAAGCUGUUGCAGAAGAAAUGGGAAUUGGAUUUCUAGGGAUUGGUUUCCAGCCCAAAUGGGGUCUCCUGGACAUCCCAGUAAUGCCCAAGGGUAGAUAUGAGAUUAUGAGGAACUACAUGCCUAAAGUUGGCUCACUUGGACUUGAUAUGAUGUUCAGGACAUGCACUGUCCAGGUGAACUUGGAUUUCAGUUCUGAAGCUGACAUGAUUAGAAAAUUCCGUGCUGGUCUUGCAUUACAACCUAUUGCAACUGCGCUAUUUGCUAAUUCUCCUUUCAAGGAAGGAAAGCCCAAUGGGUAUCUCAGUAUGAGAAGUCAUAUUUGGUCUGAUACGGAUAAGAAUCGUACUGGGAUGCUUCCCUUUGUAUUUGAUGACACUUUCGGGUUUGAGCAGUAUGUGGAUUAUGCUCUUGAUGUGCCAAUGUACUUUGUUUAUCGAAACAAGAAAUAUGUUGACUGCAGUGGGCUUUCCUUCCGGGACUUCAUGGAAGGGAAACUUUCAGUUCUUCCUGGUGAAUAUCCGACGCUGAAUGAUUGGGAGAAUCAUCUGACAACAAUAUUUCCCGAGGUAAGGCUAAAGAGGUAUUUGGAGAUGCGAGGUGCUGAUGGAGGACCAUGGAGGAGAUUGUGUGCAUUACCAGCAUUUUGGGUGGGUUUAUUAUAUGAUAAGGACUCAUUACAAAGUGUUCUAGACAUGACUUUUGAUUGGACCAAAGAGGAAAGAGACAUGCUAAGAAAUAAGGUACCAAAACUUGGUCUCAAGACUCCGUUCCGAGAUGGUUAUGUAAAACACAUUGCAGAGGAUGUUUUACAAUUGGCAAAGGAUGGUUUAGAAAGAAGGGGCUUCAAGGAGGUUGGCUUUUUAAAUGAAGUGGCCGAAGUGGUCAGAACAGGUGUGACCCCAGCUGAGAGGCUCUUGGAGAUGUACCAUGGAAAAUGGGGACAAAAUGUGGAUCCUGUUUUUGAGGAGCUUCUUUAUUAAGAACAUUAGAUCUCAUGGGCAAACCGCACAUAAUCAAUCGUCUAAUACUCCAACCCAAAUAUGAGUGUAAGAGAUUUUGUUCACUAAACAAGCGAGACGUCAAGCAGACUGAGACAGUUUUUUUCUCCAAUAAUUGAAUCAUCUAACUAGCUUGUUCAUCCUGUCUUCAUUACUCUAGAGAUUUGAAGGACUUGCCAUUGAUGUAAGAUCUUUGAUUGUCAGUUGGUUGUCUUUACUGUAAGUGUCUGGGCAUGAUUCUGAACAAUGUUGUAUGCUGACUUAACUCGGCCUCAGCUCGUUUACCCAAUUAAUAAUACAUACUUCUUUUCUAUACUAUGGUAUGCAGUGGUGGACCUAGGAUUAGUGAGAGC